AUGACAGAGAAUGCCACUACAACUGCAGCUGCUACUACAACUUCCCCUGUCACCACAACUGCAGCUAACACCACAAUUUCAGCCGCCACCACAACUGCAGCCACCUCCAAAACAGCCGCUGCCACCACAACUAAAGAAAAUACUUCAACAGCAGUCGCACCUACAACUUCCCCUGUCACCACAACUGCAGCCGCCACUACAACAGUCCCAGCUACCACAACUGUAGCCGCCACUACCAAUUCCCCUGUCACCACAACUGCAGCUGGUUCUACAACUGCCGCUGCCACCACAACUGCAGCAGCUCCUCAUACAGCUGCUGCCACUACAACUGCAGCUGCUAUUACAACUUCCCCUGUCACCACAUCUGCAGCUGCAACUACAACAGUCCCAGCUACCACAACUGUAGCCGCCACUACCAAUUCCCCUGUCACCACAACUGCAGCUGGUUCUACAACUGCCUCUGCCACCACAACUGCAGCGGCUCCUCAUACAGCUGCUGCCACUACAACUGCAGCUGCUACUACAACUUCCCCUGUCACCACAACUUCAGCCGCCAAUACAACAGUCCCAGCUACCACAACUGUAGCCGCCACUACCAAUUCCCCUGUCACCACAACUGCAGCUGGUUCUACAACUGCCUCUGCCACCACAACUGCAGCGGCUCCUCAUACAGCUGCUGCCACUACAACUGCAGCUGCUACUACAACUUCCCCUGUCACCACAACUUCAGCCGCCAAUACAACAGUCCCAGCUGCCACAACUGUAGCCGCCACUACUACUGCCACUGCCACCACAACUACAGUCUUUCCUACGACAACUCCUGCCACUACUGCAGCCAUUACAAUCACCAGAACAGCAUCCACCACAACAAAAGCUCCUGUCAGCAAAACUGCAGCCCACACUACAACAGCUUCUGCCAUCUCAACUGCAGUGGCUCCUACGACAGAGGCUGCCACUACAACUGCAGCUGCUACCUCAACUUCCCCUGUCACCACAACUGCAGCCCACACUACAACAGCCAAUGUCAUCACAACUGCAGCUGGUACUACAACUGCAUCUGCCAAUAUGACAGUAGUCACAACAACCACAAGUACUUCCACAACAACUACAUCACCUACCACAACUGUAGCUAGCACUACCACAGCCCCUGUCACAACAACUGCAGCCUCUACAACAACAUCCCCAGUUAACACAACAGCCGCUGCCACCACAAAUGCAGCCACUCCUACGACAGCCCCUGCCACCAGAACUGCAGCUCCUACCACAACUGCAGCUGCGACUACAACAGCAGCCCCUGCCACCUCAACUGCCACCACUACAACUGCAUUUGCGACUUCGACAACUCCCAAUGCCACACCAACAGUAUCAGCCACUAAAGCCGGCACUACAACAGCCCUUGCCACCACAACUGCAGCCACUACUGCUAAAGCCCCUCUCACCAAAACUGUAGCUGCAGCUACGUCAGCCCCUGCCACCACAACUUCAGCCGCUACAAGAACAGCAUCUGCCAUCACAUCAACUGCAUUUACCACUUCGAUAACUCCCGCUGCCACCACCACAAAUGCAGCCGCCACCAAAACUGCAAUCGACACAACAGCCAAUGCCCCCACAACUGCUCCCACUACUACAGCCCUUCUCACCACAACUGUAGCCGCAACAAUGUCAGCCCCUGCCACACCAACUUCAGCUGCUACCACAACAGCAGCUGCCGCAACCAAAACUGCAUCUGCUACUAUGGAAACAACAGUAGUAGUCGACAAUGCAAUAGCCCCUGUCACCAAAACCGCAGCCUCUACUACGACAGCCCCUGCCACAACAAAUAUAGUCAAACUACUACGACAGCUCCUCCCACUACAAUUGCAGAUGUUAACGACAACAAAAUCUGCAACUAUGACAAUAGCCUCUGCCACCACAACUGCUAACACCACAAUUUCAGCCGCUACCAGAACAGCAUCUGCAACCAAAUCAACUGCAUUUAAUACUUCGACAACUCCUGCUCCCACAACCACAACUGCAGCCACCAGCACAACAGUACCAGUCACCACUACAACAGCCACUGCCACCACAAGUGCUCCCACCACUACUACAUCCCCUCUCACCACAACUGUAGCCACAACUACAUCAGCCCCUGCCACCGAAAUGUCAGCUGUUACCACAACAGCAGCUGCCGCACCCACAACUGCUUAUGCUACUAUGAGAAAAUCUGUUGUCACCACAACAGCAGCUGCCACUACAAAUGCCCCUGUCACCACAACUGCAGCCCACACUACGACAGACUCUGCCACCACAACUGCAGCUGCCACUAUGACAGCAGCUGCUGACACCACAACUGCAGCCGCUCAUACGACAGCUGCUGCCACUACAACUGCAGCUUCUACCACAACAGUCAGUGACACUUCAAGAGCAAUUGCCACUACGACAGCCGGUGCCACCAUAAUUGCAGCCCCCACUACUACAUUACCAGCCACCACAACUGCAGCUGCUACCACAACUGCAUCUGCCACUACAAUAGCAGGCGCUGCCAAAACUACUUCUGCCACCACAACUGCAUCCACUACCACAACAGCAUCUGCCACCACCACAACUGCAUUGACCACUUUGACAACUCCCGCUGCUACCACAACUUUAGCUGCAACCACAACAGUCCCAGCUACCUCAACUGCAUUUGCUGCUAUGACAACAUAUGCUGUCACCACAACAGCAGCCACCACUACAAAAGGCCCUGUCACAACAACUGCAGACGGCACUACGACAGUCCAUGCCACCACAACUGCAGCUGCCACUACAACUGCAGUCACUGUCACCUUAACUGCCACUGCAAAAGCAACCCAAACAAUUACAGCCCCUGCCACCACAACUGCAGCCCCUACUACAACAGCCACUGUCACCACAACUGUAGCUGGUACUGCAACUGCAACCACCACUACGACAGCCCCUGCCACCACAAGUGCAGCUGGUACAACAACUGCAACCUCUCCUACGACAGCAGCUGCCGCAACUGCAGCUGCCACUACCUUAAUAGCCACUGCAACUACAACUGCUACGACGACAACAGCAGCUUUCACCACAAAAGCAGCCUCCACUACAAAAGUCCUUUCCAACGCAAUUGCUGCCAAUAUAACUGCAGCCGCUCCUACGAAAGCAGAUGCCGUAACUACAACUGCAGCUGCCACUAAGAUAAUAGCCACUGCCACCAAAACUGCAGCCCACACUACAACAGCCACUGUCACCACAACUGCAGGGGCUGCUGUUAUAAUGGAAGAUGCAGUUGUGGUACCUGUAUCUAUGUCAGGCCCUGCCACCACAACUAUAGCUGGUACUGCAACUGCAACCACCACUACGACAGCCCCUUCCACCACAAGUGCAUCCCUUGUGACAACUGAAGCCACCACUACUGCAACAACAGUCGCUGACACCACAACUGCAGUUGCCACUAUGACAGUAGCCGCUGACACCAAAAGUGCAGCCGCAGCCACAACAGCAUCUGCCACCACCUCAACUGCAUUUACCACUUCAACAACUCCCGCUGCCACCACAACUGCAUCCGCUACCACAACAGUCCCCACCACCACAACAGCAGCUGCCACUACAAAUGCCCCUGUCACCACAACUGCAGCCCACACUACGACAGACUCUGCCACCACAACUGCAGCCCCUACUACAACAGCCACUGUCACCACAACUGUAGCUGGUACUGCAACUGCAACCACCACUACGACAGCCCCUGCCACCACAAGUGCAGCUGGUACAACAACUGCAACCUCUCCUACGACAGCAGCUGCCGCAACUGCAGCUGCCACUACCUUAAUAGCCACUGCAACUACAACUGCUACGACGACAACAGCAGCUUUCACCACAAAAGCAGCCUCCACUACAAAAGUCCUUUCCAACGCAAUUGCUGCCAAUAUAACUGCAGCCGCUCCUACGAAAGCAGAUGCCGUAACUACAACUGCAGCUGCCACUAAGAUAAUAGCCACUGCCACCAAAACUGCAGCCCACACUACAACAGCCACUGUCACCACAACUGCAGGGGCUGCUGUUAUAAUGGAAGAUGCAGUUGUGGUACCUGUAUCUAUGUCAGGCCCUGCCACCAAAACUAUAGCUGGUACUGCAACUGCAACCACCACUACGACAGCCCCUGCCACCACAAGUGCAUCCCUUAUGACAACUGAAGCCACUACUACUGCAACAACAGUCGCUGACACUACAACUGCAGUCACUGUCACCUCAACUGCCACUGCAAAAGCAACCCGAACAAUUACAGCCCUUGCCACCACAACUGCAGCCCCUACCACAGCAUCCCCAGCCACCACAACUGCAGGCGCUACCUCAACUGCAUCUGCCACUAUGACAGAAGCCGCUACCACCACAAGUGCUGCCACAACUACUACAUCAGCUAUCACAACUGUAGCUGCAACUACGACAGCCCCUGUCACCAAAACUGCAGCCUCCACUAUGGCAUCCACUGCCACCACAAAUAUAGUCGAACUACUACGACAGCUCCUCCCACUGCAAUUGCAGAUAUUAACGACAAGAAAAUCUGACACUAUGAAAAUAGCCACUGCUGCCACCACAAUUUCAGCCACUACCAGAACAGCAUCUGCAACCACAUCAACUGCAUUUACUACUUCGACAACUCCCGCUGCCACAACCACAACCGCCAGCACAACAGUACCAGCCACCACCACUGCAAUCACCACUACAACAGCCACUGCCACCACAAGUGCUCCCACCUCUACUACAGCCCUUCUCACCACAAUUGUAACAAGAACUACAUCAGCCCCUGCCACCAAAAUUUCAGCUGUUUCCACAACUACUUAUGGUACUAUGACAACAUCCGCUCUCACCACAACAGCAGCUGCCACUUCAAAAGCCCCUGUCACCACAACUGCAGCUGCCACUGCGGCAGCAGCCGCCACCACGACUAGUGCCACCACAACUGCAGCCAAUACCACAACAGUCCCAGCCACCACAACUGCAUCUGCCCCUAAAACCGUAGCCCCUGCCACCACAACCGUAGCCCCUGCCACCACAAAUGCUUCCACCACAACUCCAGCAACAACUACAUCAGCCCCUGCCACCAAAAUGUCAGCUGUUUCCACAACAGCAGCUGCCGCACCCACAACUGCUUAUGCUCCUAUGACAACAUCCGCUGUCACCACAACAGCAGCCGCCACCACAAAAGCCCCUGUCACCACAACUGCACCCACCACUUCAAAAGCCCUUGUCAACACAACUGUAGCUGUCACUGCGACAGUCCAUUCCACUACAAUUGCAGAUGCUACCACAACUGCAUCUGCCACUAAAACAGCAGCCCCUGCCAACACAUCUGCCAUCACCACAACUGCAUUUGCAACUUCGACAACUCCCAAUGCCACAGCAACUGCAGCCUCCACUCCAACAAAACCAGCCACCACAACCGCCACGACAACAGCAGCUGCAAACACAACUGCAGUUACCACUACGGCCGCCACUUCAAAAGCCCUUGUCACCACAACUGUAGCUGUCACUGCGACAGCAGCUGCCACCACAACUGCAGCCAAUACCACAACAGUCACAGCCACCACAACUGAUGCUGCUACUACGACAGUCCAUGCCACUACAAUUGCAGAUGCUACCACAACUGCAUCUGCCACUAUAACACCAGCCCCUGCCAACACAACUGCCAUCACCACAACUGCAUUUGCAACUUCGACAACUCCCAAUGCCACAGCAACUGCAGCCUCCACCCCAACAGAACCAGCCACCACAACCGCCACGACAACAGCAGCUGCAAACACAACUGCAGUUACCACUACGACAACAACCGCAGCCACCACAACUGCAGGGGCUGCUGUUACAAUGGAAGAUGCAGUUGCGGAAGCUGCAUCUAUGUCAGCCCCUGCCACCACAAGUGCAGCUGGUACAACAACUGCAACCUCUCCUACGACAGCAGCUGCCGCAACUGCAGCUGCCACUACCUUAAUAGCCACUGCAACUACAACUGCUACGACGACAACAGCAGCUUUCACCACAAAAGCAGCCUCCACUACAAAAGUCCUUUCCAACGCAAUUGCUGCCAAUAUAACUGCAGCCGCUCCUACGAAAGCAGAUGCCGUAACUACAACUGCAGCUGCCACUAAGAUAAUAGCCACUGCCACCAAAACUGCAGCCCACACUACAACAGCCACUGUCACCACAACUGCAGGGGCUGCUGUUAUAAUGGAAGAUGCAGUUGUGGUACCUGUAUCUAUGUCAGGCCCUGCCACCAAAACUAUAGCUGGUACUGCAACUGCAACCACCACUACGACAGCCCCUGCCACCACAAGUGCAUCCCUUAUGACAACUGAAGCCACCACUACUGCAACAACAGUCGCUGACACUACAACUGCAGUCACUGUCACCUCAACUGCCACUGCAAAAGCAACCCGAACAAUUACAGCCCUUGCCACCACAACUGCAGCCCCUACCACAGCAUCCCCAGCCACCACAACUGCAGGCGCUACCUCAUCUGCCACUAUGACAGAAGCCGCUACCACCACAAGUGCUGCCACAACUACUACAUCAGCUAUCACAACUGUAGCUGCAACUACGACAGCCCCUGUCACCAAAACUGCAGCCUCCACUACGGCAUCCACUGCCACCACAAAUAUAGUCGAACUACUACGACAGCUCCUCCCACUGCAAUUGCACAUGUUAACGACAAGAAAAUCUGACACUAUGAAAAUAGCCACUGCUGCCACCACAACUGCAGGGGCUGCUGUUAUAAUGGAAGAUGCAGUUGUGGUACCUGUAUCUAUGUCAGGCCCUGCCACCACAACUAUAGCUGGUACUGCAACUGCAACCACCACUACGACAGCCCCUUCCACCACAAGUGCAUCCCUUGUGACAACUGAAGCCACCACUACUGCAACAACAGUCGCUGACACCACAACUGCAGUUGCCACUAUGACAGUAGCCGCUGACACCAAAAGUGCAGCCGCAGCCACAACAGCAUCUGCCACCACCUCAACUGCAUUUACCACUUCAACAACUCCCGCUGCCACCACAACUGCAUCCGCUACCACAACAGUCCCCACCACCACAACAGCAGCUGCCACUACAAAUGCCCCUGUCACCACAACUGCAGCCCACACUACGACAGACUCUGCCACCACAACUGCAGCCCCUACUACAACAGCCACUGUCACCACAACUGUAGCUGGUACUGCAACUGCAACCACCACUACGACAGCCCCUGCCACCACAAGUGCAGCUGGUACAACAACUGCAACCUCUCCUACGACAGCAGCUGCCGCAACUGCAGCUGCCACUACCUUAAUAGCCACUGCAACUACAACUGCUACGACGACAACAGCAGCUUUCACCACAAAAGCAGCCUCCACUACAAAAGUCCUUUCCAACGCAAUUGCUGCCAAUAUAACUGCAGCCGCUCCUACGAAAGCAGAUGCCGUAACUACAACUGCAGCUGCCACUAAGAUAAUAGCCACUGCCACCAAAACUGCAGCCCACACUACAACAGCCACUGUCACCACAACUGCAGGGGCUGCUGUUAUAAUGGAAGAUGCAGUUGUGGUACCUGUAUCUAUGUCAGGCCCUGCCACCAAAACUAUAGCUGGUACUGCAACUGCAACCACCACUACGACAGCCCCUGCCACCACAAGUGCAUCCCUUAUGACAACUGAAGCCACCACUACUGCAACAACAGUCGCUGACACUACAACUGCAGUCACUGUCACCUCAACUGCCACUGCAAAAGCAACCCGAACAAUUACAGCCCUUGCCACCACAACUGCAGCCCCUACCACAGCAUCCCCAGCCACCACAACUGCAGGCGCUACCUCAACUGCAUCUGCCACUAUGACAGAAGCCGCUACCACCACAAGUGCUGCCACAACUACUACAUCAGCUAUCACAACUGUAGCUGCAACUACGACAGCCCCUGUCACCAAAACUGCAGCCUCCACUAUGGCAUCCACUGCCACCACAAAUAUAGUCGAACUACUACGACAGCUCCUCCCACUGCAAUUGCACAUGUUAACGACAAGAAAAUCUGACACUAUGAAAAUAGCCACUGCUGCCACCACAACUGCAGGGGCUGCUGUUAUAAUGGAAGAUGCAGUUGUGGUACCUGUAUCUAUGUCAGGCCCUGCCACCACAACUAUAGCUGGUACUGCAACUGCAACCACCACUACGACAGCCCCUGCCACCACAACUGCAUCUGCCACCACAACAGUCCCCACCAUCACAACUGCACUUGCUACUACAAUAGCCCCUGCCAUCACAAUGGCAGCCGCUACUAUGACAGCUCCUGCCACUACAAUUACAGAUGCUAUCACAACUGCAGCUGCUACUACAACAGCAGCCGCCACUACAACUUCCCCUGUCACCACAACUGCAACCAACACUACAACAGCUGCUGGCAACAGAACUGCAGCUGCUCCUCUGACAGAUGCUGCCACUUCAACUACAGCGCCUACCACAAGUUCCCCUGUCACCACAAUUGCAGUAACAAACAAGGCAGCUCAUGCCACUUCAACUGCAGAUGCUACCACAACUGUAUCUGUCACUACGACAGCAGCUGCAUCCACCACAACUGCUGCCACCACAAGUGUAGCCGCUGCCACAACAGCAUCUGCCAACACAUUUGUAGCCGAUACCACAACAGUCCCAGCCAACACAACUGCAUCUGCCACUACAUCAGUUGCCCCUGCCACCACAAAUGCUGCCACCACAACUGCAGCCGAUACGACAACAGUCCGAGCCACCACAACCGCAGCAGCAACUAUGACAGUCCAUGCCCCUACAAUUACAGAAGCUACCACAACUGCAUCCACCACUAAGACAGCCCCUAACACCACAAGUGCAUCUGCUAUCACAACUGUAGCCACCACUACUACGACAACAGCAGCUAAAACCACAACAGCAGAUGUCACUACAAAAGACCCUGUCAUCACAACUGCAGCCCACACUACAACAACCGCUGCCACCACAACUGCUGUCACCACAACUGCAGCUGCUACCACUACAACUGCAGCACCUACUACAACGUCCUCUGUAACCACAAUUGCAGUCGCUAUAUCUAGAGCUCAUGCCACUACAUUUGCAGAUGCUACCACAACUCCAUCUGCCACUACAACAGCAGCCGCUGCCACCACAACUGCUGCCACCACAAGUGUAGCCACUGCCAAAACAGCAUCUGCCACCACCACACCAACUGCAGCCGAUACCACAACAGUCCCAGCCAACACAAUUGCAUCUGCCACUACAACAGUAGCCCCUGCUUCCAAAGAUGCUGCCACCACAACUUCAGCCGAUACCACAACCGUCCCAGCCACCACAACUGCAUUUACCACUUCGACAACUCCCGCUGCCACCUCAACUUCCAAAACCACAACUGCAUUUUCGGUUUCGACAACUCCCAAAGCCACCACAACUGCAGCCGCCAACCCAACAGUACCAGCCACCACAACCGCCACUAAAACACUCGCUGCCAUCACAACAGCAGCUGGCACAAAGACAACUGCAUCUGCUGCGAAGACAACUUCCACUGUCACCAAAACAGCAGCUGCCACUACAAAAGCCACUGUCACCACAACUGCAGCCCACACUAGGACAGCCGGUGCCUCCACAACUUCAGCUGCCAUUACAACAGCAGACACUGCCACCACAACUGCUGCAACCACUACGACAUCCCCAGCCACCACAACUGCUGCCACCACAACCGCCACUACAACAGCCGCUGCCACCACACCUACAGCCCCCAAUACAACAUCCCCAGCUGCCACAACUGCAGCUGCUACUACGACAGUCCCUGCCACCAGAACUGCAGCCGAUACCACAACAGUCCCAGCCACCACUACUGCAGACGCAACAACAGCCCAUGCCAUUACAAUUGCAAAUGCGACAACAACUGCAGCAGCCACAACAACAGUUCCAGCCACCACAAUAAAAACUACAACAGCCACCGCCACAACAACUGCUGCUGCUGCUACAACAACUGCAACCACCACUAUGACAACUCCUGCAACCACAAGUGCAUCCGCUAUCACAACUGUAGUCACCACUACAACAUCCCCCACCACUAUAAUAGCAGCUGCUACUACAAUAGCCCCUGCAACCACAAAUGCAGUCACUACUACGACAGCUCUUGCCACUACAAGUGCAUAUGCCACUACGACAGCAGCCGCAGACACCACAACUUCUGCCACCACAAUUACAGCCGCUUGCACAACAGCAUCUGCCACCACCUCAACUGCAUUUACCACUUCGACAACUCCCGCUGCCACCACAACUGCAGCUGCCACCACAACAGUCCCAUUCACCAUAACUGCAAUCACCACUACGACAGCCACUGCCACCACAACUGCAGUUGCCACUACCAAAGGCCCUCUCACCACAACUGUAGCCGCAACUACGUCAGCACCUGCCACCACAACUGCAGCUGCUCCCACAACAGCAUCUAACGCAACCACAACAGCAUUUGGUAUUACGACAACAGCCGCUGUCACAACAACAGCAUCCGCCACAACAAAAUCCGCUGUAACCACAACUGCAGCCCACAAUACUACAGCAGCUACCACAACCAAAACUGCAGCUGCCACCACAAUAAUAGCCACUCCCACCACAACUGCAGCCAACACUACGACAGCCGCUGUCACAACAACUGUAGCAGCCACUAUGAAAGCCCCCAAAACCACAACUGUAGCUACUACUACGAUAGCCAAUGCCACCACAACUGCAGCAAAUACUAUGAUAACAGCCACUGACACCACAACUGAAGCCCCCACUACGCCGGCUCGCGUAGUGGUUGCUCCAGUUGUUGUGGCAGGGGCUGGAACUACAAAAGCCCUUGUCUCCACAACUGCAGCUGCUUAUACGACAGCUACUGAAACCACAACUGCUGCUUCUACCACAAGAACAGCUGCCGCAUCCAGAACUGCAGUUGCCAAUACGACAGCAGCCACUGCAGCUGCUAUCACCAGAACUGAAGCCACCACUACUACACACCCUGCCACAACAACUGCAACCACCACUACGACAGCUCCUGCCACCAAAAGUGCAUCCGCUAUCACAACUGUAGCCACAACUACAACAGCCCCCACCACUACAACAGCCACUGCCAAUACAACUGCAGCCACCACUAGUACAGCGCUUGCCACCACAACUGCAGCAGCCACUACGAUAACAGCCACGGUCAACACAACUGGAGUCAUCACUACGCCGGCCCGCUGCAACCAGAACUGCAGCUGCCUCCACAACAGCCCUUGCCACCAGAACUGCAGCCGCUCCAAUGAAGUCUGCUUCAAGCAGAACUGCAGCUGCUACCACAACAGCAGGUUCAACAACCACAACUGCAGAUGCCACUACAUCUGCAACUACUACUGUAACUGCAACUACGACAGCCCCCGCUACCACAACUGCUGCCACCAAAACUGCAGCUGCAAGUACGACAGCCCCUGCCACCACAACUGCAGCUGCUACUCCUACAGCCCCUGCCACCACAACUGCAGCCACAACUCCUACAGCUCCAGCCACCACAACUGCAGCCGCCACCACAUCUCCAUCUGCCACCACAACUCAGGCCGCAACCACAACUGUGGCCGCUACUCCUACAGCCCCCGCCACCACAAUUGCAGCCGCUACCACAACUGCUGCCACCAGAACUGCAGCCGCAACUAUGACAGUCCCCACCCCCACAAAUGCAUCCGCCACCACAACUGCAGCAGCCACCACAACUGCAGCAGCCACAACUGUAGCCGCAACCCCAACUGUAGCCGCCACUACGACAGCCCCCGCCAAAACAACUGCAGCCGCCACCACAACUGUAGCCGCCACCACAACUGUAGCCGCUACUCCUACAGCCCCCGCCACCACAACUGCAGCCACCACCACAACUGCUGCCAUCAGAACUGCAGCCACAACUACAACAGUCCCUGCCACCACAACUGCUGCCUCCACCACAACUGCAUCAGCUACCACAACUGUAGCCGCCACCACAACUGCAGCCGCAACCAUAAUUGUAGCUGCCACUAUGACAGCCCCCGCCACAACAACUGCAGCCUCCACCACAACUGCAGCCACCACCACAACUGCAUCUGCCACCACAACUGCAUCUGCCACCACAACUGUAGCCGCCACCACAACUGUAGCCGCCACCACAACUGUAGCCGCCACCACAACUGUAGCCGCCACCACAACUGUAGCCGCAACCACAACUGCACCAGCUAUCACAUCGGUAGCCGCCACUAUGACAGACAACAACAGCAUCUGCUACCACAACUUUAGUCUUUGGCACCACAACUUUAGCCACCAUUACAACAGCCCCUGCCACCAGAACUGCAUUUGUCAUUGCGACAGCCGCUCCCACCACAACUGAAGCUGCCACUAAGACAACAGCCACUGCCACCACAACAUAAUCUGUCACCAGCACUUGUGCAGCUGCCAUUUCGACAACUGCCGAAUCCACCACAACUUCAACUGCCCCCACAACAGUCCCUGCCACCAGCACAACUGCAGAUGCCAUUUAGACAAUAGCCACUGCUUCCACAACUGCAACCUCCAUUACGACAGUGUUUCCCUACCCUGGUCGUCGACAGUACACUGUUUCUUUAUAAAACACCUCAUUCAACUUGGUGAAAGUUUGAUGAUUCGUUGAUAAAUUGAAUCAGAUGUUCUUUUCCAGAGUUACAGUGUUACCACAGCCCUUGCCACCACAACAUCCCCUACCACCACAACUGUAGCUGCCACUACAACAGCAGCCGCUGCCACCACAACUGCAGCUUCUACCACAAAAGCAGCUUCUCCAAACAACAACUGCAGCUACCAGCACAACUGCAGCCACUACAGCCUCUGCUAAAACAGACCCUGCAACCACAACUGCAGCCACAACUAAGACAGCUGCUGCCACCACUGCUGCAUCAACAGCAUCUGCCUCCACCACAACUGCAUCUGCCACAAUGGCAACAGCAGCUGCCAUCACAACUGCAUUUUUACAUUACGUCAGCCCCUGCCACCACAACUGCAGCUGCUACCACAACACCCAAGUGAAAAAAAGUAUAUUAAUCUAUACUUAAAAUAAUAUAUUGAAAAUACAAUAUGUAUUUUUCGGAUAUAUCUUAAUUUCAUAUAUUUAAGUAUAUACUACACAUAUAACAAUUUCACUUCAACACACUUAUUAAAAGUGUACUUUAAAUGCAUCGUUUUUUUCAGCCUUUUACUUUCAGCCUUUUACUGUAUGCAAUCAUCACACUUCAAUACACUUAUUAAAAGUGUAAUUUAAAUGAAUUGUUUUCAGUCUUUAAGCAUACAAUAUGUUCACUAUCAUUGAAAUUGAAGUACAGUUAUGAUUGUGUUUAAGUUCAAAUGCUUUUAUUGUAUUUUAGUAUAUUCAUAAAAAUACACUUGAAGUUGUUUUUAAAUAGAAGUAGAGUUUCAUAAAAAAAAGCAAUGUUUCAGAGUGAUCAAGUACACUACGAGUAUACAGUGCCUUGCAAAAUUAUUCAUACCCCUUGGAUUGCUUCACAUUUUUUUGUGCUAAAAAGUGGGAUUAAAUGUAUUUAAUUGCCAUUUGUUGUCAACAAUGAACUCUAAUUACUCUGUAAUGUCAACGUGGGAAAAAUACAAGAUUAAUAAAAAUGUGAUAACUAAAAUAUAGUAAUUGCAUAAAUAUUCUAUCUUUGCUUAGGCAAGCCUAAAUUAGUUCAGGAGUAAAAUUUGGCUUAACAAAUUACAGAAUAUGUUUCAUGACCCUUCCUCUGUUCCCCAUAAAUAUAACAUCUGUAAGGUCCAUCAGUCAAGUAUUGAAUUUCAAGCACAGAUUCAACUACAAAGACCAGGGAGCCUUUCGAAAGCCUCAUAAAAGGGCAGUGAUUGGUAAAUCGGUAACAAUAUAUCAAAUCAGACAUUGAAUAUCUCUUUAAGCAUGGUCAAGUGAAUAAUUAUGCUGUGUAUUAUGUAUUGAACUACCCAGACACAUCAAAGAUACAGUCGUCCUUCUGAACAGAGCUGCAGGACAGGAAUUAAACUUCUCAUGGAUGUUACCCUGAGGGCGUUGGUGAUUAUGAAGCAGUUUAAUGGCUGUGAAGGUUAAAAAAAACAGGAUGGAUCAACAACAUUGUAGUGACUCCACAAUAAAGAUUUAAAGGGCAGAGUGAAAAUGAUAAAACAUAUUUACGAAUAAAUAUAUGCCAAAACAUACAUUUUGUAUGCAACAGGGCAAUAAAGUAAUACUGCAUUUUUUGUUUGUUGAUUUGGCCUAAAUGCAAAGCCUUAUGUUUGGAGCAAAUCCAACACAACACAUCACUGAGUAACUGCCGCCUUUUCAAGCAUGGUGGUGGCUGCAUCAUGGUAUGGGUAUGCUUGACAUUGGCAACUACUUUUUUCUGGAUAAAAAGAAACGGGAUGGAGCGAAGCACGGGCAAAAUCCUAGAGGAAAACCUGCUUCAGUCUGUUUUACAACAGUUACUGGGAGAGGAAUUCACCUUUCAGUAGGACAAUAACCUACAACACAAGGCCAAAUCUACACAGGAGUUGCUUACCAAGACAGAAAAUGUUCCUGAGUGGCCAAGUUACAGUUUUCACUUAUAUCUGCUUGAAAAUCUAUGGCAAGAUUUGAAAAUUGCUCUGUAACCAUGAGCACCAACAUCUUUUCAGAACAUGAAGAAUUAUAAAAAGAAUAAAGGGCUAAUAUUGCACAACCCAAGUCUGUAAAGCUCUAAGAGACUUUAGUACCCAAGAAGUCUCACUGCUGCCAAUGGUGUUUCUAGCAUGUAUGGACUCAGCGAGCUUAAUACUUACGCAAUGACUAUAUUUUAGUUAAUUUAUAUAAAUCUUCCACUUUGACAGAGUUUUUUAGUUCGAUUGUUGACAAAAAUGUACAAUUAUAUACAUUUUAAUCCCACUUUAUAAGAACAAAAUGUGGAUAAAUCCAAGACACUGGAGUUUCAGUGCCAUUAGUAAGUUUUGAAGGUCUUUCUGAAUUCCUGUUCAGAAGAGGAAUGAGAAAGUUGACAAUGAGAACGAUUGCUUAUUGCACAACUGAGGAACAUACUUCCUGAAAGUAUACUUCUUCAUACCUCAAGAAAAUAUACUUAAGUAUACUUUCAAAAAAGUAUAUUUAACUUAAACGUCCACAAAAUAUAUUUCAAGUAUACUUUCUAAAACGCUUGUGCACAUUCCCCCAGCAUCCCUUUCUUCAGCUAAAGUUUUGAUAUAUAAUAUGAUAUUGUUCCUCAUAUUUAGCUUAUUCAAAUGUUUUGAUGUUCAUUUUCAAACAAAAUCUGUAAUAUGUAGUUAAUAUUUCAAACAGAAUAAUUUUGUACUUGAAUACCAUAAUAUGAACAAUUAAAGUGUGAAAUGCUAAAUGUGAACAGCUCUCAAUCAUUUGAUGGACAGUGCUGCAGUUUUGAUGGACUGUGAAGCACCAGCCAAAACUGCUCGGUAAAUAGCAUGUUAAAAUCAAUCAAGAAAACCUUCACAAUGCAAAAUACAAUGGCUAAUGUGGUUAAUAAGUAAAA